CCAUCCCCCGACGGCCGACUCGCCAUUUUCCGUCAACCUCAAUCAAGUUAGCUUCUGUCAGUCCAGUCGCUACUCGCUGUGUUUGUGUGUUGUGACUUGUGAUAUGAAAAAUUAUUAGUACCGAUGAAUCUCAAUGGGAAAUCGUGUUGAUCACGACGCCAGGCGAUGGCUAGUUUAUUGUGUUUGUGGCUCUAAUGCAACGUUCGGUCAGUGAUGAUGGCCAAGUGAUUGGGUAAAGUGAAGUGAUUUGUGUCGUAUGCUGGGGUACCGCAGCAUUGAGCUCCUUUCUUUGGAUAAAUUAUUGUCCUCACGACGACGUCGGGCAAAGGGACUGGAAGGUGACACACCAUGUCGGCCAAAAACAUUCCAGGAGACAAGAUAAACUUGCGACUUAUUCUGGUGUCCGGGAAAACGAAGGAGUUCGUGUUUAGUCCGGUAGACUCAGCCGGCGACAUAGCAGUUCACGUUUACGACAACUGGCCGGAAGCGGACUGGGCGACGGAGUGCGUCUCACGGGCGGAGAUUCUGCGGCUCAUCUACCAGGGACGCUUCCUGCACAGCUCGGUGACGCUGGGCGCGCUCGGCUUGCCGCUCGGCCGCACCACCGUUAUGCACCUCGUGCCGCGCGAGCACCUGCCCGAACCCAAUUCACAUGAUCAACGACAAAAAAGUAAAGGCGGCUCCAGCAGUUGUUGUUCUGCGUCCUGCUGCAUAUUGUAAUGCGUGGUGCGAGCGAAAAGGCACUAUGCCGAGCGAGACGGGUGAUACGACGCGGACUAUGUGUUCACACUCAGUGAUGUAGAGUCAGGAUUCCAUUUGCCCUAAUCACCUUAGUGUUACUGUACCUUAACGACUAGUGUUGCCAGCUGUUGACAAAUAAUAGUCUAACCCUCCCGAAAAUAUACAAAAUGUAGAUAGGAGCAAAUAUUAUAAUGUGUAUAAGAGUGUACCCACACAUAACAGUGCCACGGACGUGAUCUUACUUUCUGAACUGAAAAAAAAAUAAAUAUGGUUCAACUCCACAGGGAUUGUAAAAUGUAUUAAAAAUAAUAAAACAUUUUUAUCUAGAAAACUAACUGAUAUCAGAUAGUAGACAGAAAAAUAAAUUAAAAGUUUUAACUAAUUGAAUAUACAUAGACAUGGGAAUAAAUAGUAAAUAAAUUAAUACAUUCAUAUGAGAGUAAAUAAUUGUAAUAAUAGGGUAUCUAAGUAUACCCACUUACAGACAGUUUAUUUAUUAGAAAUCUUUGUAAUAUUGUUUUAAAUAUUCUCGUACUCUAGAAGAUUAUAAAACAACAAAUAUUUUAAAACUAUGUGUUUGCAGACCUUAAUUCCUGAAAUAUUUGAAAUUUUAAUUUAAAAGAUCCGUGUUUAGGAAAAUUUUAACUUAAUAGACCUCAUGUAACAAAAAUUUUACCUCUUAAAUAGGGUCCUCCAAACGGUAACAACUGGCAACACUGUUAACAACUUGUGAUGUUUUUAAAAGACUCGCUUCUAUACUAUAAGACACCCUUCACUAUUUCUUUUAAUUUCAUUACUUAACAAUUCGCUAGCACCUUAUUUUCGGUCAGUUCCAUUUUGCACAAAUUGUACCAAACGAAAUUUAAACGCACACUUCGAAGGAGUUUUUGAAGAACAUCGCAAGUGUAAUUCGUUUAGGAGUUUUUUCACACAGUGGGAAAAUAAUUCAGGAAUAGCUUUUAUAAUUGUUCAGGGAAACAAGUUACUUUUUUUUAGCUAAAAUGUAUUACAUAUGCCAUUUAAAUUGGUCUAUAAUUAUUUUUCCGAAUUUGCAUUGACUGAAAAUUAUAUCUGUGAUUUUUGUUUAUGCUACUUUAAAUUAUGUGUACUAAUAAACAAAAGGUCAAUAAGCGUGCGAAAUUCAAAAUGGGAAAUAGGCAUUUGUUAGAAGGAUAUGUGAACGUCGACCAACGUAAGUUUUAAACCAAACAGAAGCGCUCGAUUCAGAGUGCCUCGUAGGCGAUUUUCGACAUGCAUUUACUUAUUUGAUCGCGUGUAAGUUGACUAAGUUUGAUAUGUAAUUGAAAGAGCGCGAUCUAGUUAAAGUACUGGCAAUCAGUAUCGUCACUCUUUCGAUUUUAAAGUUAUUGUAACUAUGCACCUGAAAUAAAAAAUAUGUCAAUGUAAUUUUUGUAAAGAUAUUUCAAUAUUCUCGACUUCACGAACGAUAUUCAAUCACACACACUUGCUUCCCUGAACAGAAAUAUAAGCAAAUGUAUAACUCACCGCGUAAUUUAUAGCUCAUUAUAGAAUCGUGCUGCCGAAAAUAAUAUGGUUAAAAUUAGUAGGAUAACUAUCUAUGCAUGUCAUGUGAAAGAGUUGAACGGGAGAUGUCUGUACAUUGGAGAGAAAAAGAAAUUGGGUGGUAUAAGUUGCAGCCAGCCUAUUUUGUGACUUUUCUGGCAUUAUGUUGGGUCGUUUUCUCGAGUAUCAUAACACAUUAGGUUAAUGGAAAUUGUUUUAAAGUUAUACCGCCAGCGUUCCUGGUGGAACGUUUGUAAAAUAAAAAAAAACACUAGUAAUGAAAUUCCGACACUAAAACAAGUCACAUUAAGCCCAUUUUCCUUUGAUGUUAUAGCGUUUCGAUACUUGACAAUUUCACUACUCUUAAGGUUAACUAAAUUUGUGAUGAGUAUACCGCCACAGCAUGUGUUUUCUAUGGAAACGUUUAGUAAUUUGUCAGAAAAGGUACAAUACAAUAACGGAAUGGAGGUAGUUGAAUAUCAAUAAACACAGAUCAAUAUUUUUAAGUGUAUAAACAAAACUUGUAAUAUGAUAAAAUGCAUUUUGAUGAAAUUUAAACUUUCAUAACUACCAGACUCUUAACUACCAGAGCCCUUACAUACUUAAAUUCGACACAUACUUAAAGACAGAGGCACGUUAAUAUGUCAAAGUUUUAUGCAGUUGUAGUGAACAUAAAUCCGUAAUAAAUCUCUUUCUAAUAAUCUAUCUUUCCACUAAUUUGACAGGAGAGUAGGACUAUCUUUUUCUACGGAGGCAUUGGAAAAAGGAUUUAGCUACUCUUAGACCUAUUAAUUUAGUUUAGUUAAGUGAUUUGUGUCUUACAGACUUGUCACGGGACACGGGAGGUAAGCUAAAACUUAACAACGUUUGUUAACGUGAAAACUUAAACUAAAAGGCAGUUUAUUAGGUUUAUGCUCUCCUGCGUUUUCAUUUUCACCUUGCGUUUUCAACUCUCCGUCUCAUCUUAUUAACUAAUUUAUAUUCCAUUCUUUUUAUAUUUCCAGUAUGUAUAAAGUAGUAAGCAUAUUUUUUAAUUUCGCCUAUAUUCUACCCUUUAAACUCUUUAAUUAAUUAUUCCAAGGAUUGUGCCGGAUUGUUUACUUAAGCAAUAAGACCGCCUUUGCAUACCAAUGAUAAUGAAACAAAACUUUAGUAAUGAACUAUAUAACGAAUCGGUAUUCAAUAAAGUUUAUUCAUCUAUCUGUCAAAUCAAGUUUUGCAUGUAAUUAUUAGUUUUGAUCACGAGGACGCAAAAUGAAAGCGCACGUAUAGGCACGCCUAAUUUACAAUGGCAUAAUAAUGACAAACUUGACAAUUCUGAUACCAAUAAUCCUCAAGUUGACGUCAAAAAGUAUUCACGUGACAUGAAGUUUAUGGUAAAACAAAGUACUCAACCAGUGUAAUACUUUGCGAUGUUUCAUGUUAUGUGUUCAAAGUCGAGGGUUCUGCUAGUAGAGGAGUUAGGAUCUUUUAUACAUGCAUGGUUUACGUUUAUACCGGCGACAGAUUUCAGUUAUCCUACGGUACCAUAACACGUACACGAUAUAACGUAAGGCGAGGACUCAUCUGACUUUUAAAAUCCUGGCAGGACCCUUGCUUCUGUCAAUAGGACCUUCUGUCGUGUUGUAUUAUGGAUAGAAGAAAAAUGGUUUAGACAGAUCGUCUUGGCUUGCGUACACCGCCGUCGACAUAAUAAAUUAUAUAAUUAAUUAUUAAUUAUUAGUAUUAUUUAGGCCAUCUACAUGAAUUUAUAUGACGUUGAUACGGAGAUAUUUAUAGAGAUUUAAAAAAUGACAAAUUACGUAGCGAAACUUUGUCGCCGCUUAGCAAUCUUACAGAUGGGACCUUUGACCGUUGAAAACUCCCAAUGUCUCCGCCUAAAAGACUACACUGUAAACUGGAUCUCAUAAAUUAGCUAGUUUUCUAAACGCUUCCUUCUUAAGAUCACUGCUGUUGUGCACAGUAACACUUGUUUGUCUUGUCUGCGAUGUCAGUGACAAACCAGUUUAAGAUAGAAGCGCGUUAAACUAGAAGGGGCAUGGCAGUUUGUUGAUAACUAGCUUUAAAGAUAGUUCUACGUAUUUAUAUCUUAAGGGCCACAACACCUGCUACAGGAUGAUUAUCAAGCUCCACUGUAUAAUUGCUAAACUGUGACUGCAUGAAGUGUGUAAAUUUCUCUCGUUUGCAUUGUAAAUAGUGUAUUUGAUAUCUAUCCGAGGGACUAUAUCGGGCUAUCUACUUUCCUUUGUGAUAAGUUCUCGCAAUAUUUGUAUUUUUGUUUGUAAAGAAUUAAAUAUACGCUAUUUACCGCGCUAGUUGUAGCUUGUAUAACAUUAUAGCGGCUGACUGGCAGCAUGUUUAUAUUUUAAUGCUGUUGUAGCCGAAGAGACGACAGCCAAAACUCUUGCUUAUCGCUUACAUGUUUAAAUAAUUAUUGGAGAUAAGUCACUGUAAAUUUACUCAACAUUAGUAAAACAAUUGAAUAUAAUUGUUUAAUAUCAAAGACAGUUCAAAUUGAAACUAUGGUUACAAGAGGUCGAGAAACGCGUCACAAAAAGAUUUUCAGUAACUCAACAAUAAAACUUGAUUUGUAAUAUACAAGAAUUUUGACGUUUAUCCCUUGGGCUAUAACGGAGAAUAAAAAGGCGACUGUUUAUUGGAAAGUGUUAUUAUAAAUUCUUAGUUUUAAUACGAAAUUUUAAAGGUUCAGAACGGCCGCUUCCUACUUAAAUGUGUGCUGGACUCGGUCUUAUAUUUUGUAACAUUUUUUCCAUAGAUUUUAUUGUAUCUCAAUGCCUCCCAGCCAUUGAUUUUAAAUGAAAACUAGGUUUACAAUCGCAUAAAAAAAUUCUAGCAAAAAGAAAAUGUGGAAAGUUUAUCUACAUGAUUAUUAAAUUGUGACUGACUGAAUAAUAUUUCAAGCUAUCAUAAAUUAAAGCAUUAAAACCCACCUUCACAUCACACCCUGGGAGCCGAUAAAGUUAAAUCAAAUCUAAAAAAAAAACUUUACGUUAGAUUACGCGUUGUUGGAGAGAAAAGAACAGCGUCCUUCUCCGUGUUGCGUAACGUCAAAGUUUAGCAGAUCAUUAAUGAUCUCUCUUAAGACAUUCCCCUUUAUUUAUGGAUUGAUGGAAACCAUGGACAAGUAUCUUUCAUUAUAUAUUGUUUAAAAAAUAACCAUUAUUUAAUUAGCAGAUAUUUAGCGUCACAUAAUACAACUUUGAUUAUUGCUAAUUCAGAAUAUAAAUAAGCUAGAUUAGCAUAUUAUGUCUAUGACAUUUUAUCGCUAUUUUCUUUGAGCCUGAGCAGCGAUUGUGAAAAAGUUUUUAUGCGAGAUCAAUGGCCUUAGUGUUACCAGAUCCCGAUUGAUUAUUGUAAAUAAAUAUCGAACAAAUGCUUCUUUUUAUUUUUUAAUUUCAUCACACAUUAUGUAUUUGCCUUAACUUUUAUUGGCUACACUUUUAGGCUAUAUUUUAUUUUUAUAUUGGCUUAAGAUUUGUCUUAUUAUAUUUUUGGCUAAGCCGUUAGUUUCUUCCUUUAGUUAAUAAAUUAGGGAAUCCUUGUUAAAAUUAUUAUAAAUCGCGUUAUUUAGAACUUCGAAAAUCCAUCCUGUCGUUUUACAAAGAUGCGAUAUAUUUUGUGAUAUAGUACAAAUAAAAUUAUUUACACAUUGAGACAGAAAAGAUCUUGGGCUAAGUAAAAUUCUUUUCGAGCAGUAUUAAAAGUGGGCAAUGAAAAUAGUUGACAUCGCGUCGAUUUGGUUAUCAAAAAACAAAGAAAAAUGUUUGUACAUUUGUUUGAAAAGUGAACUGAGAAAAAUCUUGCCAACUUUAUAACAUCCAAGGCGAAAAAUAAGCUUAGGAAAAGAUGAAAAUAAAACAAAUAUACCAACAUUUGACUUCGCGCAGUGUUCCGAUGCCGUAUGACUGUUUUUUUUAAUUUUUAUUUUUGGUUACUCUGUUUAGUUUGUGUAUGUAUGUAUUUUGUUAAGUUGUGUAAAAUACCUAGUUAAUAAUUAAAGUAAAUUUACAACGUCACACGCAUGUUUCAUUUUUUUGUUUCGCUUCCAUCCUAUGUACAUAGAUAUCGCUUUCGAGAGUCGCAGCUUAACUUAGAGGAGCUUUUGUGAACAUCUCAAACGUGUAUAGUCGGGUGUAAACGUAGUUGAAAUGGCUAAGGUGAUGUCGUAGGCGAGAUAGUACGAUGUCUUUAACGUAUUUAAAUAUUUCCAUAGACUAUAGCUAAUUAAUUUAAUCGAGUUAAUGAAAUAAUUGUUUCUAAUACAUACUAAUAGCUUAAGUGGUGUCAUUACCUGCUCUAGGACAUUGUUGAAAUCAUCAAAUUAUUUAAAGACGGCGUAAAUAUUCUAAGACGAAGAACCAUAACGAAAGGAGUUGGUGACACCGACCAACGGGCUAACAUAAUUAUCUCAAUUGCCUAUUUGUAUGGACCUAACAUAGACAAUUGUGUCUACUAUUUUCUCCCCUUAUUUCUAUGAGCUAAAACUAAAUAAUGGGUAGACAUAAUUAUAUCGCGGGGCGCGCCUUAGCCCAGUUUAAAUAGUUUUCGCAUUCGUGCACUCGUUGCAGAGUGCUACAGGCUGCAGAGGUAGAUAAUUCAAGCGAUCAUUUGGAUAAGUUUACUACUUCGCUACUCAUCCUCUUGCAUCCCUAAUGGAAAGGCCCAUUUGAAAAUGCUUAAAAGUAUCAAUGCUACCAUUAAAUUUCAUAUAGCAUGUAGUUGCAUUAAACAAUAGUUUGCACUCUAUGUAGAACUAUUUAGAGUGCCUAGAGUCAGAUUUCCUACCUACGUUCAAUUAUUUGAUCAUGUGAAAGUUAAUCACGAUAUGUUUGAAAUAGAAAGACUGCCAUCUAAUUAAAAUAAUGGGAAACAGUACUGACACUAGAUCGCCAUCUAGUUACAAUACUGGGAUACAGUACUGACACUAGAUCGCCAUCUAGUUAUUAUACUGGAAAACAGUACUGACACUAGAUGGCCACCUAGUUACAAUACUGGGAAACAGUACUGACACUAGAUCGCCACCUAGUUACAAUACUGGGAAACACUACUGACACUAGAUCGCCAUCUAGUUAUAAUACUGGGAUACAGUACUGACACUAGAUCGCCAUCUAGUUAUUAUACUGGGAAACAGUACUGUCACUAGAUCAACAUCUAGUUAUUAUACUGGGAAACAGUACUGACACUAGAUUGCCAUCUAGUUACAAUACUGGGAAACAGUACUGAAGCUAGAUCGCCAUCUAGUUACAAUACUGAGAAACCAUAUUGACUGGAUUACUUUUCCCGCGAUCAAAUAAGUAAAUGUAGGUAGAAAAUCUGACUAGAAUCACUAGAGACCCAGGUAUAGUGGCGUAAGUGAUCACGAAGACGUCUGGUGCGACCUUCAAAUUGCGUAUGUUUUAUUUUACAGAACGCCAGCUAUCGCUCAACGUAAGGUAUUUUAGUUAAAAUUAAACUAAAAUAUAAAAUUUGUUAAGUACCUAUACGUUUCGACUAAAAUGCUAAUAGGAUCGGAAGUUCCUAGAUUUUAAGGACAUCCGAUUCUAUCCGACUGUCGGUAACUAUAGGGUGUACAUUGAUAAAAAUAAAAUUGAAAUAAAAUUGUGGUCCAGUGUUGAAAUUUUAACCACGCUUAGAAAGUAAAGGAGUCCUUAUACCUUCCGCCAAGUGGACAAAAUCCAAUAGUAUCAAAAGUUUUUUAUACUCGACUGACGGAAUGUAAAGGGUGUUUAUUAAUAAACAAAAAUUAUAAUUAUUGUGCUGCUCAGUAUGACUUAUUUAUUAGUAAAAGAAUCCUUAUACCUCCCGAAAGACGCACAAUAAUUUAACAGGCCGAUGUACCGACAUCUGAUACUAUCCGACAGUCGGACGAAAGUCGUUUAGGAUCGUAAGUUAUAUAGUCCUACAUCCGAUACUAUAAGACUGCCGGAUAGUGUAGACAGUUAAAAAAUAGUGUUCCUCAGUAAUGAAUUACACCGUUCUUAUGUAUAAGUAAAGGACACGUUCCGAAAAUUUAAUAAUAAUCGAAUAGGAUCGGAGGUAACAAGUCCUAUAACAUAAAUAAAAUCGAAAGAAUCGGAAGGUGUGAUGAGUCCUAGGACAUCGGAUCCUAUCCUGUCGGAAGGUAUAGGAAGUCCAAGGCACAUUUCUCUGUUAAAGUUAAUCUCCUUAAGCGGUAGUGACACAGGCGGCAAACGCCACGACGAAAUGUAAAUAAACGAUAUCUUUUAUUUAGUCGAAAUCUAGAAUUACAAAUUAGCUUAAAUAUUUUUUUAAACCGUUGUAUGUGGUAUAGGAUUUUGUUUUUCGCCAUAUUUAUUUAAAGCACGUAUCAAUAUAAGAGACGUUCAAGUAUUAUUUUAAAUAACUGAAUAAUGUUAAGUAUUCGUCGCCCAGCUGUCGGACUCUUGUGUCUAAGGCGAGUAUCAUAUUUUUUUCCGAAUAAUUUGUAAGAAUAGCAAUAUUUUCGACUUAGCUGUAAAUUUUUUUCCCAUGUUAGCAGUUAAAAAAGGUCCUUGCGAAAAGGUGAGAUUUACAUUUAAGUAGGCUAAUGUAUCUACAUUUCAUUUUAAAAGGUAUUUGUUUUUAUGUCUUACAAAGGCAGCCCACUUAAUUAUGUCAGAGGAGAAUUCGAAGUGUCUUGAAAAUAAACAUGUUAUACUGUCAGAAAAGUUAUGCAGUUUUAUGCCACACUGCAACUAACAGAACCUUUCAAAUGAGCGUGACAAUACACAAAAUAGCUUUAUUGUAAAACACCUUAGAUUUUCUUAUUUGUAUUAAUUAAUAAAUACUAUUCCUAAAAAAAAUGGCGGAUGUGCCCCAUUUUUUUUUAAAGUAUAAAGUAAUUAUUAUAUUUCGGUAUAUAAGAAACACCCUAAAUCGAGUACGAGCGAAAUUGAUUUCCGGUCAUCACCGUACUUAAUAUGAUUUGCGGUGUCAAAACUGAAUCAAACACUAUACUUUGCUAUCACUUAAACAUUUCAGUAAAUUGAACACAUUUUGAAUAAAGCUUAGGAUAGAUCCAAGGCUUAUGCCUUGGAUCAUUCUAUUAAAUCUAUUAAAGGGAUCUAUUAAAGGGUCUGCCGUUGUAGGACUAUUAAUAAUGUAUGCCAUGUACGUUUGUGACAUGAAAUGGGAUGGGACAGGCCCGCAAAUUGCAUCAGUCUUUUCCAUGUUUAUGUAUUCUGUAAUAAUAUAAGUGAAUAAAACCAAACUAUAGGCUUUUUCAACACAUACAACGGUUAAUAACUGUAAUAAAAUCCAAAUACUAGGUGUCACUUGUAUAACAGGUUUACUUACAUAUUAUAUAAUUGUUAAUAAUAAAUUAAUUAUAACGAUGUUGAUUAUGAUAAUUUCGGUAACUAAAUUAAAUUCAUUGUCAUCGUUCAAAUUAUUUUAACGAAUUUAACUUUUCAACAUUCAUUAAAAUGCCACUGAGUGCCUAGUGUGAGAUUUCUACCUACCCUAUAUCGCGUAAAAGUUGACUGCGAUUAUUAAAAUCGAAGGAGCGUCACCUAGUGAAAAUACUAUACCGGUAUUGUAACUAGAUGGCGCUGUUUCGAUCCCAAACUAGUUGAUAGUAACUUAGUUGACUUUAAACCAAUCGAAUAAGUUGACUUGGGUAGAAAAUCUCAAACUAGGCAUCUUGAUACUUAUUGUUCUUCUUACCCUCACGACGUUAUCUGGUAUCGACACUACAUGUGUUGUUUAAACUUGAGGACAUUGUUUUGAUUUGGUCAUUUCUCUUUGACUGACCGCCUGACCGACAUCAACCCUUUUCAGAAAUGCUUUUAACUUUCUAUUAAAUAAAAAACAUUUUAUUUUGCAAGAAUGGCAAGACGAUUUGAAUCCUUUCAGAUUCUAUCAUUUUAUCUACAUGGUGUUCAAAAUGAUGAUAAUAAUAUCUCUAAAUUACAAUUCCUUGAAUCCUGGAAGACACUUCUUAUCCUAAUCAGAGGUAAUUAAAAACAAGUCUUGUUUAACCAACUAUGGCAAUCCCAAACCAUAUCGACUCAACAUCGAAUUAUGGCAUUUAAAUGAGAGCUUUAUUUCAUAAAGUGUAUGACGCGUGGACGUAAACUGCUACAUGCCAUAUCAGAAAAGUAUACUUUAUGCCAAACAACAUAAAGCUCAUAUUCCUAUGCUAUAAUUAAUGUCGAGUCUAGUAUCUUAUUGUAAUUUUUUACAAAUUUACAAAGAAUGUGGCACUAAUAUACAGGCCUGUAAUUUAGCUUGUAGCUGUUAUUAUCAUAAACAUAUUUUGAUAAUAAUCAUAAAAGCCCAAGAACCCGCAAUGGAGCAGCGUAUGUGACCAAACUUCUAAACCCGAGAGGGGUUUAUCCUACUCAGAGACGUGCACGGGGUUUUUGACCAGGUUGCCUGGUCAAAAAUACGAAAGAAAUGCAGAAAGAUGACAUAAAAUGGAAAAAAAAACUCUUUCUAUCCGAGUAAAAUAGAAGUUGUAGGUUAGGCAGUGCUUUUGUGCACGUUUGUGAAUCUACUCUAUGAGACGCCCAUCAGUGGGUCAUAAAAAGACUAAGAAUAAAGUACGAUCCAAACUUAUAUACAGUUAAAUUCGUUAAAAUUAAGUUUUUUUUUAAACUUGGAUAGUGAAAAUAAAAGGAUUAUAAAGUUCGAUGUUCCAGCAUCCAGGGUAGCUUCAGGUUGAGCGAGUCGGUCGUAGAUAGAGGGUUUUGUAACGGACACAAACUGGUUGUUUAUCAUUACAAUUCAUUACGUACAUUGUUUGAGAGCAUUGAGUUUCGAUGGGGUCA